AUGGCCGACGAACAGAAGCCCGCUCCCAAUGUGGAGGCUGAGAAGGAUGUCCAGAACGUUUUGAACGAACUGAAGGCCGAGAACAGCGGCGAGAACGUCGCCCAGGAAGACCCCGAGGAGGCUCGCAUCGUCGCCGCAGCUGCCAAGCUGGGUGAGAAGUCUGAGCAGUCUCAACAGUCUGGAGAGAAGCCACAGCAGCAGCAGGAGUCGCGCGGCCCUCACCGUUCCCGUAACGCCGCGAAGUUUGAUGCCUCCACCCUCGAGGAGACCGAUGACCCUGUCGAGAUCCGUAAGCAGGUUGAGUUCUACCUCUCUGACUCCAACCUCCCUCUGGACAAGUUCCUGCUGUCCCAGGUUGGCGGCAGCGCCAACAAUGCCGUGCCCCUCGAGCUUUUGCACUCCUUCAAGCGCAUGCGCCGAUUCCAACCCUUGUCCGCAGUUGUCGAGGCUCUGAAGACCGCCGAGACCGUUGAGCUGGUUGACAACGACACCGCCGUGAAGCGCAAGGUUCCUCUUCCCGAGUCCGUCACAACCGAGGUCAAUGAGGCCGGUAUCAAGAUUUGGGAGGACAAGACCAUGCCCCGCAGCAUCUACGCCAAGGGCUUCGGACGCGAAGAGCCUAGCACCCAGUACGAUAUUGAGAAAUUCUUCGAGGCUUAUGGACCUAUCAACGCUAUCCGUCUGCGCCGUGGCGAUGACCGGGGCUUCAAGGGCAGUGUGUUCGUCGAGUUCGCCUCCGAGGAGAAGCAGAAGGAGUUCCUGGCUCUUGAGCCCAAGCCCCAGUGGAAGGGCACCGAUCUGCUCAUCAAGAGCAAGAAGGAGUACUGCGACGAGAAGAUUGAAGAGAUAAAGAACGGCAAAGUUCAGCCCAACCAGCGUGGUCGUGGUGGUGGUCGUGGCGGUCGUGGACGCGGAGGUCGCGGUGGUCGCGGUGGUCGUGGCCGUGGCCGUGGUGGCCGCGGUGGUCGCAAUGACCGUGACUGGCGGGAACGCCGUGAUGAUGACAAGAAGAACGGUUUCCAGGAACCUCGACAGGAGAAGGACUCUCGUGGUGUCCCCGUUGUUCAGAGCACCGGCGAGAAGCGCUCCCACGAUGGCGAGGCUGGCGAUCGUCCUGCUAAGAAGGUGGAUGCUAAGGAGUAA